AUGGCGGACAACUGGGCGAACGCCGCCAAAAAGGCGAGGAUUCUUGCCAUCACUCAAAUCAUUACUGGGGUUUUACUUAUCGGGUUUGGCAUCGGCGAUCGACUGGUUUUCGGAGGAUCGCCUGGUGAAUGGACAGGCUAUGUCUAUUUCGGCGUUUGGAUUGGCGUGUGGGUAAGCAAAAAUUCAGUUUCUGCAUGAAUAAACCGGCUACCAGUUUAGCGCUGUCUCAAUGAAAUUGAAGCUUCAAUCAAAGAUGUCCGGGCUUUUGAAAAGUUCAUUACACUUCUAGCUUGAAAUGUACCAGGAAGAAGGUCCUCCACACUGGCGUUUGUUGAGAGAUUUGCCUGAAGAAUAAUACCCACGCACCAAUGAACCCAAUCUGUUACGAUACCACACAAAAACAAUUUCAAAGCUUUUAGUCAAGUUCACCAAACUAUAAGUCAGUGAAGUCUUUUCUUCUUUUUUUUUCCAGUUUAGUAUAACAUCCUUUACAAAAAUAACGGUCGAACCCCGUUACCAUGGACACUGAAAGGACCAUACAUGCAGUCCAAAUUAAAAACGGGGUGUUUAUGUAAGCAGGAUCAUACUGUCACACCUCUUUUCGGAACAAAUUCUAAAACAAUAAAACAGGAAAAACUAAAAUCUCCAGUACGGUAAUUAUAAAACGGGCAACAAAAAACGUGCAACUUGUUUAAUAACAUUGCUGCAAAACCAGUUGAAACGCGCUGUUGCGCAUUUGUCUUGCAACAAAUCAGGUUGCAAGGUUUGUUUUCGUUGUUAGUGCCUGUGUUGCUGUAGCUUUACUUUAAGUGGUUAUUCCGCGGACAACGUCACUGCGUGAAAACUGACUCAAAUAUUGUUCAUUUAGUCAUUUCUUAAAUCAAUGUAAGUCGCUCGCUCCCAAUGUAACGUAAUCUGGAUUCCGGAAUCUGGGAGUUUUUUCUUGUGGAAUCCGGAACCGUAUAGGCUUUGAAAUCUACAUUUUAACUCAAGGAAUCCGGAAUGCCGCUUACAAAUGGAAUCCGAUAUCUAAGUUCCACUGACAGAGACUGGAAUCUAGUACCUCAGUCGAACUAUCCGGAAUCCUCGGCAUGGCCAAAUGAAGAAUCCAAGACUGUCUUGGAUUCCCUUAUUCAUGGGGCGAAAUUUUCGAUUCUGGAAUCCGGCCUCCUGAGCUUUGGAAUCCAAACUCCAGCCCUAGGAAUCCGGAAUGUAACUAGCAUUAAAAAAAACAAGUUUGUAAUCCAGAAUCCAAGUUUCAUUCUUGGAUUACCCAUGGGCUGAAUUGUAAUGUGUGCAAAGAACGGUCGUAUAAAGAUUCUAUGAAUACCUCGAUAACUUUUUCUCUUGCAGAUGAGCAUCACAGGGGGUCUUGGAAUACCUGCGAGUGCCAUGAAACAAAGAACCAGUUCCUGCAAUGCUUUUGUAAGUAAGCUGUUGGAAAUGGUAGUCUUAAGUGCGUUUGUCAACAAUUGAACAACCCGGCCUAUAAGUGUGAAACCAUCAGUAGUAACAAAAACAUAGGUCCUCUUGUUUAAGCUAGAAAUCGUUACUAAGAAAGUUUAUCUGUCUUUGUAUCUUAAGAGGCCGUAGACCUCCUAAACUGUAGAAACGAUGAAUGCCAUUUUUGCAGUCUAUAAAACUAUGAGGAUUUGUAUCGUCCAUAGGACUUGAAUAUUAACUUAACUUAACUUAAUAUCUCCUCUGCUGCCAUAUCUUUUAAUUUAAUGUAUUUUUUUUAUUUUCGUUUGUCAUAACUCUCUGUGGCCAGGCCUGCAUUAUGACUAUCACCGUAUCAAAUAUAUCUAAAUGACGUGGCCUCUAAAAAAAGGUGUCUCAACCUGUGAGCAUAUGUUGACCACCUACCUUCCUGAUCUUUUUUAAUGUGGAGAUUAACUCAACGUCCAUCAAAGACACAGGCUAACGUUUGACCUGCGUCUAGCUUGACGUUUGAAUUUCCAAACCUUCAACAGGCUGGUGUUUUCAUGGGUUUUUCCAUUACCUCUGCUGUGUUCGGUGGAAUAAUCAUCAUAAGUUACAGCUUCGGGAUUGUGAGCAUUACCACCUUCGAUUACGGAAUAUAUGACUACAGUUAUCGCCAUGGUAACUAUUACCACUAUCGCACGAAGGUAACCAUUCUUGCCAUUAUGUUUGUCCUUGGUCUUGUUACAUUUGGGACUGGAAUCUGGGCAGCCACAUGCACUUGUCUGAUGAAGCCCUGCACUGCCUGCUGGGGACAACCGCAAGUAAGUAGCCCAAGCACAUUCACCUCAUCUUUGUAUUCUAGCUGGACGAAAAAAUGGACUUGUACAAAUUUGCUCUCGGCAAAUAUGUAGCAGAGACGGCGGAGCGCUUUGAAACGCCAGCCAUACGCAUACCCCUACUCAAAUUUUUUAAAAUGCCCUUUGCGUUGUUCGUUGACACAAGCAAUUUUCACAGCAUCUAGUGUGUCGGGCUCCGUAAUCGAUUCUAGAAAAUGCAUCAGUAGGUAGUUUUUCAGGCGGUCCUGCUUCAUUGUGCUCUAGCUAGUUCUUGAGUGGUCUGAGGGCAGAAAAUGUGCACUCUGAAGUCGCUGAUGUCACACGGGUAUUGCCAAAUCUAUCGAUAAAAGUGUUUUACGGCACCAAACGUGGGAGGGGGGACAGAGCCCCCACCGCUCCCCCUACUCAGCCGCCCAUGUGUAGCAAAAAAUGUAAAAAAAAAAACCGAACUGAGGAGUAGUGGUUUUGGUAUGCAACUGUGUCAUCAUUACAAUCUAACAUAUCUUUGCCCCCGAUUUAUUCCUCAGUUUUUACAUUUUUACGAAGUAUUUGUCAGCAGCAAAUUUGUGCAAGUCCACUUCAGUUUCCUCCAGUGAAGUCGGCUGAUCUUAUUGUUUUACACCACUGAAAAACGAGGUUGUAGCUAAAGAAAAGGUGUGGCUUUCUGGGAAGUCGGAAACGGUAACUUUGAUAAAGCUUCGAGUGGUGGAUAGUCGAGACGACAUUUAUUAUUAUCAUUAUUAUUAUUAUUAUCAUUAUCAUUAUUAUUAUGAAGUUUUUAUCAAAACAAGAAGCAUGAAGAAGCAAAUUAGUGUAAAAGGCGUUAGUAUUUAAAUGUUUAGAAUGAGCCAGAAAGCCACAAAUAAAAUAGUUUGUUUCGAUACUUUAAGAAUUAUUAACUGUUAGCUAGCUAUUCCACCUGGUUUCGAGGCGUUCAGUUAUACAUGAAAUUGUACAUUUAUCGCAGAAGGAAACUAACAAAGAAAGAGCCUCCGUCAAAUGUCGUUUGCAUACACGUUCCAUACUCAUGACUGUGAUGUUGUUAUAAUUGUUUGAGUACGUCGUUUGUUUGUUUGUUUUCUUUUUUUGUCAUUUUUGCAGGCUGACCAGGGUGUGGUCCCAGGUGGUUACGUCGUGGCCCAAGGUCCUGGUGGUGUCCCCAUAACGUUUCCUGUGCAGCGAACUGGAGGUGGUGUUACUGUUCCUUAUGAGCUCAUGACUCCUCAAGGUGAUACUCAGGUAACCGACCAGCCUCCAGCUUAUCACCAAAUUUCCACAACUGGAGGUCUCUCAUCUACAGCUGAGGGGGAUCCACCUCCUCCCUACAGCAAAGACUAA